CCCGCGGCGCGCGCCCCGAUGUGCCCGAGGCCGGAGCAGCCACCGCCCGCGCGCCCAGGGCGCCAUGUUCUGGAAGUUUGACCUGCACACCAGCUCACACAUCGACACGCUGCUGCAGAGGGACGACCUGGCCCUGGCAGAGCUUCUGGACGAGGAGGAUGUGCUUCAGGAGUGUAAGGUCCUGCACCCCAAGCUGCUGGACUUCUUGCUGCGGCCGGCCCAUCUGCAAGCCCUAGUGGACUGGGUCACCCGGGAGCCCCCAGCUGCUGGCGACGAGCGGCUGCGUUACAAGUACCCCAGCGUGUCCUGUGAGAUCCUGACCUCGGACAUCCCCCAGAUCAAUGAUGCUCUCGGGGAGGAUGAGGCCCUUCUGGGCCGCCUCUAUGGGUUCCUACAGAACAGAGCCCCCCUGAACCCCUUGCUGGCCAGUUUCUUUAGCAAAGUCAUGGGGAUCCUGAUCAACCGAAAGACAGACCAGAUUGUGUCCUUUCUGCGGAAGAAGGCCGACUUUGUCCCCUUGUUACUUCAUCACAUCGGGACGUCGGCCAUCAUGGAUCUGCUGCUGAGGCUGCUGACCUGUGUGGAGCAGCCCCCGCUGAGGCACGAGGUCUUUAAUUGGCUGAAUGAGGAGAGGAUUGUGGAGAGGUUGGUUGACAUGAUCCACCCAGACCGAGAUGACAGUCAACACUCCAAUGCAUCUCAGUCCCUGUGUGACAUUGUCCGUCUGAGCCGGGAGCAGAUGAUUCACAUCCAGGACAGUGCCGAGCCUGAUCAGCUGCUGUCCACGCUGGAGAAGCAGGAGACCAUCGAGCACCUCCUCAGCAACAUGUUCCAGGGGGACCAGAAUGAGUCCGUGAUCGUCAAUGGAAUCCAGGUCAUAUUGACCCUUUUGGAACCUCGAAGGCCGAGGGCAGAACCAGGUGUGGGCAGCUUCUCGUGCAAUGUGGAUGGUCAGCUGGAGCUGGUGCCCCCAGGGGGCCCCGAGAGCCCCCCGCCUAGCCAGGCCAACCUGGGGACGCUGAGAGCCCUGAGGCAGUGGCUUGCCCACUUCCACCAGCUGCUCCUGGAGCCCCCCACACAGGAGACUCUGCGCACGACCUGGGGGAGCCUGCAGCCCCCGCUGGGCAAUACUCGGCUGCAUGUGGUGAAGCUCUUGGCCAGUGCCCUGAGCGCCAACAAUGCGGCUUUGACAGGAGAGCUCCUGGGGAUGGACACGCUGAACGCCAUGCUGGACCUCUUUUUUACCUAUGUCUUCAAUAACUUUCUGCAUUCUCAAGUGGAGACGUGGGUGAGCAGCGUGUUGAGUGCUGCGGCAGCAGCUGGAGAGGAUGGGCCGGAGCCCCCAGCACCGAAUCCUGCGGUCAGACACUUGCUCCAAAAAUGCCGACUGGUAGAGAGGAUUUUGGGCGCUUGGGAAGAGAAUGACAGAACGCAGUCAGAGGGUGGCCGGAGGAAAGGUUACAUGGGCCACCUGACGCGCAUUGCCAACGCAGUGGUGCAGAGUGCUGAGAAGGGCCCCAAUGCCGCGCUGGUGGGGCAGCUGCUUCGAGAGUUACUGGGGGAGCAGCAGCAGCUGUGGGAGAAGUUCGUGUCAGGGCCUCUGUCUGAGACCAACCAGAAGAAUAUGGUGGACCUGGUCAGCCCCCACAAUCUCCACUCCAGUGACGAUGAGGACGAGCGCCCGAAGGGUUUCAGCUUUCCCCAGGAGGCUGUGCUGCAGCAGGCUUUCAUGGACUUUCAGAUGCAGCAGAUGACCUCGGCCUUCGUGGAACAUUUUGGUUUCAAUGAUGAAGAAUUUGGGGAACAGGAGGAGAAUGUGAAUGCCCCCUUUGACAAGACAGCCAGUAUCACCUUUUCCCUCAGCGCAGACGAUGAUAGCCCCAAUGCCAGCCUAUUUGAGCUCUGCUGCAAGGAGCGGCUCCAUCAGUUUGAUGAGGAUGACGAGGAAGGCCUGGGGUCGGGGGACUCAGAUGGGGAGGAUGCCAUCUGGCAGGAUGGACAGUGGGCCCAGGCCCGCAGUGUGCGGAGCGGAGGCAGUGCAGACAGCGAGGAGGAGGAUGAGGAAGAAGAAGAGGAGGAGGAGGAGGAAGUAGAAGUCAAUGGGACCAUGGAAGGGCUUGGCCCCCUCUCUUUUAACUUCUCCAACCCAGAGCCACCUGGGAUGCCUGCCCAAGGGCCGAGAAAGCAGAUUCUCUCUGACUCUGUGCCUAUCAGUGCCUCUGUGGACUCGUCCCUGGGUCCCCUAGCCUCCCCUGGCCCCUCCUGUGGCCGUGCUCAGGAUGCUGACACCCCCUUUGACAGGGCAAAGGACCCCACCCCACCAAUCACUGCAGGAGCACCUCAGGAAUCGACAGAAGCCAGUGUAUUGGCCUGCCGCCACCAAGGUGACCAAGCUGCCAGGCAGACCCCAGCUACUCUCAGUGAGACGCACGAUCUUCCAAGACCCUCCUGCCGGGACAGUGACCUGCCAGUGCUGCCCAAUGGUCCUGCCCUAGGGGGGGCCCCGCCCUCUCCAAACACCAAAUAACCUGUCCUGUGGGGGUCGUCAUCCUACAGACUACUGCUCUUGGCUGUCCUGUCCACGUCAACACCACCACCCCCUAUGUUGUGUGUCAACCCUCUUCCUGUCCUUUCCCUUCGGAUCUUCCUGGAUUCCUGAGGAGAGCAGGCUGGCAAUGGAGACCCACACAUAGCUCUGCCCCCUGAACCUGGCAGGUGUGUGGGCAGGGAGAGGUUAGCCUGGAUCCCCACCUGCCCCUCCCUCCAGCCGUGUUUGCACUGAAUACAUGGGGAGUGUUGACUCCUGAGGGAUUGAGGGAUGUAGAUGCAUUCUCUCUUCUCUAGAUACUGGAGUUUUAAUAGCAGCUGAGAAAGGGGUGGGAGUGAGGAAAUUUGAGGGAAUCCGACAAGAAAUAAAGCAGGUAUUCUGUGCCCACCGCAACUCUGUAGGGCAGCCCAGGCCUUGGAGGCUUGAAGGUGGUGCCAGAGAGAAGAUUGUGCCUUGCCUUGUGGGACGGGGUGGCAGCCCUCACCCCUCCCAGCCCCCCCCCAUUGUCUUGGGUGGGGGUGCUUUUCUUGCUGCCUCCAAGGACUCCGGGGGAAUUUGGGAUGAGGGUAUGCUCCAAGUUUCUGGGGCUUUGGCCCUAGCCGCCAAGUGGCCUUGUUCCUCCUUGCCUGGCCUGUGUGUUAAGGCUAAGCUGUUUUUCAUAUUCCUGACCUGAAUAAAGAUUUAAAAAGGUU